UCCAGGGUCCGUGGGCGUCGACUACGUCGCAACGUUUAACAACACAAAUGGAGUAAAUAAUCAAAAUUUACAGCAAGAAUUGAUCAAUACAUUUAACUAUACAAAUAAUGGCACAUUUCUUGGUGGAAGCGACCUUCAACUGAGCCUGGAGACUGAUCCAAUAAAAGUGGCCGAGGAGGCUUUGACAUUUCAAGGUAGCUGUGGCAUGCAAUCUGAUAUAAAGCCUAUUAGUAUAAAUUUUUCAAACCAAAUGAGCUUCUGCGCGUUUUAAUUGGCUAGUUGACCAGUGAAUAUGACGCAAUAUUUACUAGCAGACUGGUAAAUAAUUCUUUUCAAAAGAAUGGUUCGGCAAACUUGCUUUCAAAAUCGAUAAAAUAUUGAAAAUUUCGUUCUCAGAAAACAAUCCCGACUGUUUGCAAAAUCUUGCCGUGAUAUUGUUUUAAAACCAAUUUGUUUUGUAUUCUAUAUACAUGUCAUGUUUUUAUUGUGCUGUACUGUAUCCUGACGCUCUAAAUUGUAUUUUUGAAACUUCCAAAGUGAAAAGUUUACUAUGCAGAAUUUUUUUUCAAGCAACAGUUUCAUUUUACCAAAUGUUUCAGCCUUUUCCUUAACAAACCUGACCAGAAACUAUUUUUUAAUUCCAAGUCUAGUGGAAAAGUAAUUCUGUCAUUGUGUUUUGUAUGCUAAGCAGAGAUUCGUCGAUAAAAACAACUUUGUAAUAAAGCAGUAAAAUCGCACAGGAACACCAAAAACGUCGUUUCAACUUUAUCCUUGAAAUUUACAGUGAAGCCAUUUUGAAAGCUUGUGCGCAGGGCCUCCCAGAGAGGGGGGGGGGGACAAAGGGGUGAAUUUGCCUCGGACCCCAAGUUAAAUUGCAGCCAAGAUUUGUAAAAGGCGGGCACAAAGGUGUAACUUUUGAAAAUGGUAUCAGAAAAAUAAUAAUAGUAUGGAGAAAAAUUUUUUGACCUGUACUGGUAUUGGUCCAGAAAAAUGUGUUUUACUCGUGUUUUUACAGGUAUUGUACAGGUAUUUUUCCAGAAACAUUUCUUGAACCUUUUUUUUUUGGCAUGUUGUAAAACAUGGACUGGACCUUGGACUGGACUGGACCUGUAAACUAUGGACUGGACUUGUAAAACAUGGACUGAACUUGUAAAACAUGGACUCUUGUAAAGCAUGGACUCUUGUUAAACUUGGACUUGUAAAACAUGGACUUGUAAAACAUGGACUUGUAAAACAUGGACUUGUAAAACAUGGACUUGUAAAACAUGGAUUUGUAAAACAUAGACUUGUAAAACAUGGACUUGUGAAAUAUGGACUCUCGUAAAACAUGGACUCUUGUAAAAUAUGGAUUCUUGUAAAACAUGGACUUGUAAAACAUGGACUUGUAAAACAUGGACUUGUAAAACAUGGACUUGUGAAACAUGGACUUGUGAAACAUGGAUUUGUAAAACAUGGACUUGUAAAACAUGGACUUGUAAAACAUGGACUUGUAAAACAUGGACUUGUAAAAUAUGGACUUGCAAAACAUGGACUUGUGAAACAUGGAUUUGUAAAACAUGGGCUUGUAAAACAUGGACUUGUAAAACAUGGACUUGAUCUUCGAGCGAAUUUAUUAUCAAUGAUGUGUUUCUCUAUAUGUACACGAUAGAGAAACAGGUAAAAAUACACGUAUUAUUCUGCUGUGCUCGCUUGCGCCUGCCCCCCACCUUAUUUUGCCCCCGAAAUUGGACAGAUAAUAACGAAAUAGAUUGGACCGAGUCAACAUAAUUUAACUUCGAAAAUAUUUAAUCCUUUUUUGCAUAUCUAUGUUAAAUAGGUUUUUAACUAACAUUUUGACAAAAAAACUUCACUAUUUGCUGGCAUGCAUUUUCUAUCAUGGGUAGAAUGUUGUUCUUAAGCUAAAUUCAGUUGCAAAACAUGAAUUUCGAUAGACAUAGUUCACUAACUAAACAAAACGAAACUCAUAACAAAACAUUUCAUUGCCCUUAGUGCCUAACAAAUAUUACUGGUAUCUAUUAUUAAAUAUUCAAUCGUAUCCGUGUGAAAAGAAUUAAAGCUUGGCUGUAGUAAUGUCCGCAAAUGGAAAUUGGCAACACAGUCAAUCAAGAUAACAUGGUAUGAUGAUGAAUAUCAAUCAAUGAAUCUCAAUUGGCCAAGAGAUAGAAUUUUUGCGAUUGAGCUAUUAUUGUAACUAUUCAAAAUUUGAUCAUUAUACGUUUUUUUUUUUAAUUUUGGAGUUGGUAGAACUGCACUCCUUUCUUUAACGGCUUACGAUAAAUAUCCCUCCGUGCAUGUACACUAUAUAUCUAGUACGGUAGAUUUAAUAAUGCCUAUUACUAAAACAAGUUACUUAUUUCGUAAAAAUGUAUCUAUAUGGUAUCGGGUGUCCCCAAAAAACUUUACCUGUUUGAUUUCAUAUAACGUACAACAUAAGAGCUGUCGAACUAAAAUAAACUCCAUUGCAUGUAGAAAGGGCUAACUUACAGUAGACUUUGAUAUAAGUUGACGAUGAUGCCAUUGUAGGCUGAAUUGGAACACUUCACGAUGACGCCAUUGUAGGCUGAAUGAAAACACUUGACGGUGACACCAUUGUAGGUUAAAAGGAAACGCUUAACGGCGCCAUUGAAGGCCGAAAGGUACGACUUGCCAAUGUUACUUCACGAUGAAAACCAUAGAUAUGCAAAAAAGGAUUAAAUAUUUUCGAAGUUAAAUUAUGUUGACUUGGUCCAAUCUAUUUCGUUAUUGUCUGUCCAAUUCCGGGGGCAAAAUAAGGUGGGGCAGGGGCAAGCGAGCAUAGCAGUAUAAUUCGCGUAUUUUUACCCGUUUCUCUAUAUAGGUGUACAUAUAGAGAAACAUAUCAACGAUAAUAAAUUCGCUCGAAGAUCAAGUCCAUGUUUUACAAGUCCAUGGUUUACAAGUCCAUGUUUUACAAGUCCAUGUUUUACAAGUCCAUGUUUUACAAGUCCAUGCUUUCCAAGUCCAUGCUUUACAAGUCUAUGUUUUACAAGUCCAUGUUUUACAAGUCCAUGUUUUGCAAGGCCAUGUUUUGCAAGUCCAUGUUUUACAAGUCCAUGUUACAAGUCAUGUUUUGCAAGUCCAUGUUUUACAAGUCCAUGUUUUACAAGUCCAUGUUUUACAAGUCCAUGUUUUACAAGUCCAGUCCAUGUUUUACAAGUCCAUGUUUUACAAGUCCAGUCCAUAUUUUACAAGUCCAUGUUUUACAAGUCCAGUCCAUGUUUUACACGUCUAGUUCAUAGUUUACAAGUCCAGUCCAAGGACCAGUCCAUGUUUUACAACAUGCCUUUUUUUAAAUAUCUGGAAAUGUUUUUUAUCCCCCCCCCCCUCCCCUGCUCGCCAACAUUUUUUGGAAAAAUUAGGGGCCCCGAAUUAAAUAUAUGCCCUGGACCCCCGAAUUUCUCUGGGAGGCCCUGCUCAUGCGUACAAGAAACACUGCAAUACUAAAAUAAUUCUUAAUUAAACUGGUAUUUGGACAUGUUGUUUUAUUUUGUUAAAAAAAUAUACUAAAACAAUUAUUUGCCUCAAGCUCAGUGAUUAUCGGUGAAAAUUUACCUCGACUACGUCUCUGUGAAUAUUAUAGAAACAACUAGAAGUUACUAUCGCAAGGAAAUUGCUGCCUCACCCCCAAGGGAUGCCACCAUGCGCAAUUUGCUGAAUAAGGGAUUGUUUAUAUUAAGAUCCAGCUUUGCCAGGACGAGACAUGAGGCGGGAUGAUUUCGAUGCAUUGAAAUGAAUCACAGUGCACCAUUCAGCAAAAACAAUUUCCUAGAGAUAGAUUAUAGUUAACUGUAAACGAAAUGUUGUUCAAGCAACAAUAAUAAUCUUCUUGAACUACAAGAUCUUCUCUACAAUAUUUGGGUUCUGUUAACAAGCAUUUAAACUUUUGUUUAGCCUAGUGACUUAUUCAAAUACAUCAAAAAUUAUCCCACCAUGUAAACAGCCCUAAGACACCUGUUUAGAAAUCAGGAGAUAGGAAAAGUGCAAUCUGAAUAUCAAACACCUUGCACAAGGUCAAAGGUCAGCUAAAUAUUCUAAUUCUACUUUCUUGGCAUGGGCAGUUUUAUAUGAAUACCUUCAACACUUAUAACUUCUUGCUUUUGUAUGUAUAAUUAUAACACUGUCAGUGGUGAAGCUAGCCAGCAAACAGGUCAUGCUAUGCGAGUUUUUAAUGAUUUGCAUUAUUCAAAUAGAUGCAGGUUUGUUGGCGUGGCAUGACCAGUUGCCAUGGUAGCUAGCUUGCCACUGAAUACUGCACAAAAUCAUAUUAUAUAUAAACAAUAGUAAUAUUUGAAUGAAUCAUUGGACAUGUAGAAUUUAAUAACAAUUUCACAUAUAGAAAUAUCAGGCCUUAAAAUAUCGGUCGGUCACAGACAUUGUCUGACCCAUUCAUGAAAUUGUCCGAAGUACAGUAGAGUGAGGAAGCCACCGGAUAUUCUGUCAACAUAAGUGAUACUGGGGUUUACUGUUUGUCCGACCCGAGUGUAUAGGUGUCCGACCGAACUGUAGCUUUGUCCAACGUAAAUCAAUCCGCAGUAAGGCUCGUAUGGUAAAUGGAAAAUCAGAGGACAAUUGAGUAUUGCAUAAAAAGUAAACUGCAUGGAAAUGUUUUAACGUAGGCUGAUCGAGCGCGGGGCGGCAACGUGCUAGCGAAAUUGUGAAGAGGAAAACGGGCUUAAGUUGUCGGAAUCUUACUGCUGUUCUUGCAAGCAAGUUAAUUUUGGCUUGGAAAUAAGUAUGAAUGACACAAAUUAUUUAAUAUCUUCACAACAUUUACCGUUUAGAAUUAAUACAUUGUGCUGAUAUUCAUUUGUGUCAUUCAGACUUAUUUCCGAGUCAAAACUGAACUGAAGGUUAUCGGACAUAUGUCCGACCCAAACUUAACGUCGUCGGACAUUUUGUCAGACAGCCCUGUAAAAGAUAUUUUAAGGCCUGAAAUAUAUUAAGUCAGUUUUUGUCCCAAGUAUUGUUUUUAUACAAUAAUGGCACCUUCAAGGCUACUCCCCCAUUGCAAAACAACUGAAAAAUCUGCUGAUGCCUGAUGGAGAGACAAAAUCUAUUUGUUGACACUUUUGUUUCAUAUGAUAUGUCCACUUCUGAUGACACCAUUCACUUGUAAUGAUUAAGAUUGUACUCAGUCAGAACUGCAAAACUAUAUACUACAAGAAAUUUUGAGCAUUUAUAUAAAAAAAUAUAAAAAUAUAGAUUAGUAUACCCUGAGUACUGUAGUGUCAGUAGUGACACAGCAAGAUGAAUAUAUAAAUGUAGGCUGGUAGGAUUAUUUCAUAUUAUGCUAUUAACAAUGGACAUAUCUCAGAGAUAUAUUUUUACAGACCGUCAUACCUUUUACAAAAUUCGUUUGACAUGUUAAUAGAUGUAACUGACACUGGGUUGCUAUAGGAAUAUAUUUGUACUAGUCAGAUAAUUUUUCUUCGUAUACAAUUGUGUCAUUGUGUGUUCCAAUAGUGGAUUCGUUCGUUUCAAUGGGUAAAAUAAUUCGACCAAAACAGUCAUACCUUUUAUAAAAGUCGGUUGACAUGUUAAUACAUGUAACUGCUGGUAAGUUACUAUGUCCAGACAACAAUCCACACUGGGUAGCUAUAGGAAUAUUUUUGUACAAGUCAGAUAAUGUUUCCUUCGUAUACAAUUGUAUCAUUGUGUGUUCCAAUAGUGAAUUGCAUUCCUUUCAAUAUGUAAAAUAAUUCGACCAAAACACAUUGUUAUUUGUGAUCAAACUUUCAUCUUACCUUGAAGAACAUUUUCGAUAAAUAGCCAGACAUAAAAUUUGCAGCAAGCUGGAAUUAAAAUUUACAAAAGGCACGAGGCAACUAUUUACAAAUUGUAAUACUGUAGUCCAUUGUCCAUGGUGGUGUUCGCGAGUCUCAGCCAGGGUAUUCGGAAAGUCAAAUCGCGAUCUGGAGUAUGCUAUAUAAAUUUCUGUGACGUCAAAAUACGUCAUAAAUCUGAAAAUCCGUACGUACGUACACCUCCAAAAUCGAGUUGUCGUUCGGCUAUACAUAACUCGGCCGGAAACGGACUGGUGCGAGAAAAACAAAUUGUCAAGAAUAGUGCGCUGCCUUCGGCAGCAAUGAAUGUUUGUGAGAGCAAUGAUAAAAUUAUUUUCAUGAGGUGAAAGAUGGAACUUUCCAUUCUACGAAGGCGACAGGCGUGUGGAAUGCAAAAUUCCAUCUUUCACCGAAUGAAAAUAGUUUUACUAUUGCACGAAUGAAAACAGUCAUUAUUGAAAACGUACAUUGGUGUAAGUGAAAUGUCUUACUGGGAUUUUACUUUCAGAUUACGACGAAUGCAACCCUGCACAGAGUGUCCACAUACCUGAUUGUGGUAACAAUGCAACAUGUGUCAACACAAAUACAAGUUAUGAUUGUGUCUGUGAUGAUGGAUUUAUUGACGAUGGCAGCGGAUGUAACAGUGAGUACAAGCAUCCUCUGUAUCCCACAGAAAUUUUAUGUACACGUUCCUAUUACCAAUUCAUAGAAUUCUAAAAUCAUCCAAAUGUGAUAUUCUUCGAAAAUCGUAAGAUCAAGUGAGAACAUUUUUCACUCCUGAAGACGUCCUCAUGUGGUGAGAACAUGGUCAUGCUUCGAAAGCAAAUUCGUUAUCAUAAUAAAGUCACUCAUAAGUAAAGUCACCUCAUCAGAUCAAAAUCCUCCAUCCUCUUAUAUUACAUAGAACAACAACCUGUGUAGCCAAUAAAAUACCUCUUUCGCCAGAGCCCAUCAUCGCGCAAUAAGAAUUGGUAAUUAAGGUGACAACUCAGUUUUCAGAUCCAGGACAGGUUUACAUUAUGCCUCCUUAUUUUGAUAAGUUUAUGUGUGAAAAAUAAAUUACACUAUGAAUGGAAUUACACUAUGUAUUCAAUUCUGGUCAACUAGUUCACGUAAAAGUUGUUACCAGUGUCCUUUCGCGUUUUGCAUUUCCUUUCAUGUUUGCGAAGAAGAGUUUGACUCAUCCUCAUUAGACGAAGAAGAAAUAUUGCUUCUUCUUCUCUUAAUGCGACGCAGACGAAGACGUUUAAGAGCUUCGCACCGAAAAGUAUCGACGAAACGGUGACCAUAAAGACAUGGAUAUUCAAUCCACAGAUCAGUGAUUUUGUCCUCCAACAUAGCAUCAGCAACAACACUACUACUCGCCAUUUUAAUUUGAAAAUAUGAGUCAACACGCAUGCGUAUUUGUCUCCUAUUGUAAGCUGGUAGCUUAGCACGCGCGCACACUUGAAGGAAUACGAGAUUCCCCUUAUUACGUUUUCGUAGUGCUUUGCAUUGUGGUUAUAGUGGUAUCACUGAUAUUCAAGAUGGCUUAUUUUUUGUCCUGACCCGUGCAAGAACUUUUAAUAGCUAGGGUCAAGUGCGCGAUAGCCAACAGCAAAAUAUUCGCGAAAACAUUCAAUAUUUUUUUCAUUCGAGGCCGCUAUCUUUAUCAGGGAUACCACUAUAACCACAAUGCAAAGCGCUACGAAAACGUAAUAAGGGGAAUCAUCAAUUGUUCACUCGUGCACAAAAUUAUUCAACAUGUUGAAUAUACGGCGCCGAUGGCACACGUGAACAAUAGCGCUCAAAACGCCACCGCUCAUUGGGGGACUUUACGCCAACAGUCACGAGUGAAAUUUUGCUAAGCUGAUAGCUCUAAUGUGCGGCGGGCUGUAGCAAACACAGCAAUCACCAAUUACUUGCUAUUUACGUAGUCCCGUAGCUCUGUUAACAUACGUUUUAACAUCAAUACAUAAUAUCAUAUUUCACUUAUUUCAUUUGCCUAUUUGUAUCUGGUCCAAACCUCGUUUAAUAAAUAGUCAGUCAGAGAACGCGUCUGCCAAAUUUAUUAUGUCUCAACCUGGCUGGGCCUUCUUCAUAUUUCCUCACAAAGGAUAAUCUCUCAUCUAAUAUUCUAUGGCGAUUAUGUUGGCAGUAAUAAAAGUGCACAAGGACGGUAAUUUGGUGUCCGUAAAGCAUCACAAAAAAUAUAUUAUAGCCAAAAUAUAUAUUUCAGCCAUUUUAAUUGUCUUUUCUAAACAGUCAACUGCAUGAUGAUGUUUACUGUCGUUCCAAUUGAAGUGUUCCUCAAAUAUUGAUUCAAUACAUUACCUUGGGCUGACCAAUUCAUUUGAUUGAAAAUUGAUCAACUUCCUGUUACUUUCAAAUGAGCCAAUUAGAUUUCGUUUCAGAACCGAUUGACCAAUAGGAAACGUACAGGAAGUAAAAGGAAAUUUGAAUUCGUAUGAAUUGGUCAGCCCGAGGUAAUGUAUUGAAUCAAUAUUUGAAGAACACUUCAAUUGGAACGACAGUAAGACGAUCAAAUCUUUUCAUUGUUUUUUUACAAUUUCGUCGCCUCAAUCUCUGCAUACAUUUAUUCGCAAAUCGUUCGCAGUCCUGUACGGCUGUACCAUUGUCUUGAAAAUAUCACGUUAAUUUAACUUUAUUUGCUAUUAAAUUUACCAUAUUUUUAUUUUCUUUCAGUCAUUCCUAUAAUGCAAGAAGGUAAGUCAUUUGACUGUUCUGUACAUCUUUCUGUUCAUUGAAAUAUGCCGGCUUUUAUAUACCGAUUCUUUUUAACGGGUACGUUCCAAAUGAUCUUUGCAUUUUCCAAACUAAUCUUUUUCAACAGAAACGGCCUCUUUUUGAAGACACCAGAAAAGUUUUACUCCAAAUUGGAAACAUUCAUAUAGAAUUAAUGCAAUUGAUUUUUAUACACCGCGAAAUUUUUAUCAGAAAUGCUGAUACUUUUGGAGCCUUCUAUAGCUUAAAUAUGCCAACAAUUGCAGAGAAUCGAUGUUCAAAGUAUCUGAAAUUCUGAUACUUUGCAUGGGGGGUUUUCGACAGCUUAACUAAACCAAAAAUUGCAGACAUUCGAUGUCCAAGGUAUCAGAAAUUCUGUUACUUCCUGUCUUUUUAUAAACUUGAGAAUGCCAAAAAUGCAGAGUUUGGAAGCUCAAUUAAGGUAUCAGAAAUUCUGAUACUUUUGGAGCUUUCUAUAGCUUAAAUAUGCCAAAAAUUGAAUAGAUUCGAUGUUCAAGCUAUCAGAAAUUCUGAUACUUCCUGUCUUUUUAUAAACUUGAGAAUGCCAAAAUUGCAGAGUUUGGAAGCUCAAUUAAGGUAUCAGAAAUUCUGAUACUUUUGGAGCUUUCUAUAGCUUAAAUAUGCCAAAAAUUGAAUAGAUUCGAUGUUCAAGCUAUCAGAAAUUCUGAUACUUCCUGUCUUUUUAUAAACUUGAGAAUGCCAAAAUUGCAGAGUUUGGAAGCUCAAUUAAGGUAUCAGAAAUUCUGAUACUUUUGGAGCUUUCUAUAGCUUAAAUAUGCCAAAAAUUGAAUAGAUUCGAUGUUCAAGCUAUCAGAAAUUCUGAUACUUCCUGUCUUUUUAUAAACUUGAGAAUGCCAAAAUUGCAGAGUUUGGAAGCUCAAUUAAGGUAUCAGAAAUUCUGAUACUUUUGGAGCUUUCUAUAGCUUAAAUAUGCCAAAAAUUGAAUAGAUUCGAUGUUCAAGCUAUCAGAAAUUCUGAUACUUCCUGUCUUUUUAUAAACUUGAGAAUGCCAAAAUUGCAGAGUUUGGAAGCUCAAUUAAGGUAUCAGAAAUUCUGAUACUUUUGGAGCUUUCUAUAGCUUAAAUAUGCCAAAAAUUGAAUAGAUUCGAUGUUCAAGCUAUCAGAAAUUCUGAUACUUCCUGUCUUUUUAUAAACUUGAGAAUGCCAAAAUUGCAGAGUUUGGAAGCUCAAUUAAGGUAUCAGAAAUUCUGAUACUUUUGGAGCUUUCUAUAGCUUAAAUAUGCCAAAAAUUGAAUAGAUUCGAUGUUCAAGCUAUCAGAAAUUCUGAUACUUCCGGAGCCUUCCAAGUGCUGCUCAGAAAUAACCUAACACUGCGUUUGCGUUCCAAACGCUGUCCGAACGCGGUCGGAACGCUGUUGGAACACGAUCGAAACGCGGUUGGAACGCGUUCCAGAGGAAACUUGGAAACGCGUUCCCCACUGUGGUUAAAAACCGCGUUUUCGCAUCGGAAAAUCCAGACACCGAAUGAAACUUGAGCUACUGUAGGGUUUUGAAAGUUGACAACUGUGAACAAUUAUUACACUGACCUGAAAGGUCAAGUGUCUCAAUCCCUAAUUUUCUGUUUUUUUCGUCGUCGAGAAAUCGAGUUUGCGUUAGCGCAUCGCAGGCUCAGGGUGCAACGAUUAAGCCAAAAUGCCAUCGACUCCUCGAUUUAAAUAUUACUGUAACAAGCUCGUAUUUAUGUACGUAAUACCCGGCUCACGCCAUGCUUGUCGUACAUUUUUCGUUUAUUAGCCCAUACACUUGUACGCACGCGCACAAUUCCAAACUCCAAGGGUAGAGUGCUCCUGUGACAUAUUCAGUCCAGUUUCAAAAUGAUGGCUUUUCACUGAGUGAUCUAUAUAUAUUUCACACAGUCAGUCGUUGAAUUUUCAAAGAAUUGUGCCGGUUUUCUAUGGAUUGUGCCGGUUUCCUAUUGUGUCGCACUCUGGACUUUCUUGCGUGUUGAAUUAAUGUGUUUUUCUUCGCGUAACGACUUGAAAACCCCAAAAUUUGGACCCAGCGAAUUUAUACAAUAUAGUGGAAUAUAAACAAGGACAAGUUAAAGGUUUGACAAUUUUUCCUUUUAAUAAACAACUAUAAAUAUACAUUGUAGACUCAUAUAAACAUCCGUUGUGUACUUAUGUUCAUUUUUGUGUCGCACUCUGGACUUUCUUGCGUGUUGAAUUAAUGUUUUUCUUUUUGUAUUAAACGACUCUCGAAAACCCCAAAAUUUGUACCCAGCGAAUUUGUACAAUAUAGUGGAAUAUAAACAAGGACAAGUUAAAGGUUUGGCAGUUUGACGACACAACGUAGUUUUAAUUAAACAAAAUAUCCUAAUUCCUUACGAUAGUUUUAGUCAAAUGUCGACAAUAUACCUUACAUGUAUUUAAAAUUUGCGCAGUACUAGAAUUCGCGCAGCGCUAGGUGCACAAAUUGUAGAGAUAUAAUCCGCACGAAAAGCUUUGUGUAGCUAUAGUAAAGAUAAAGCGUGCGUUCAAAAUACCAACAAGAACUAAACUUCUCAUUUGCCUAAUGCAAUAACAUUAGUUCGACGCGAAUUUUAAUACAAGUAAAGUAUGGCAUCAUAUUUCAUAAUAUAACAUAAGAUAAGAUCAACUUUAUUUAAAUACAUUAGCCUUUUCAGCCAAUUCUGAUUUCCAAAAGGGAUGUGUAAAUAUUUACAACUUAGAACUACUUUAAUAAUACUGUACAUACAAAUAAUUAGACAAAUAAAUAAAUAAUUAUCACAGUUAUCACGCAAAAUAAUAUUAAGAUAAGAUUAGAUUAAGGUCGAGGAGGAAAGCUUACUACAAAACGACUUAUACCAUACCGAAUUUCGUAUUUCCUUUGGUAUCUGAUUCCAUACUUUAGAUCUACUAUAUCCGAAACUUUUUUUUAGAGGUUCUGUUUUAGGUUUUGAAAUAUAAAGCUUUGUCGAAGAGCCUCUCAAAUUGUAAUCAUGAAUGGUAUUCACACCUUGGAAAGCUUCGCAUUGUCUUUGAGGAGCUAAACCAUUAACUGUCUUAUACAUGAGCCCGGCUUUCAUUUGUGCCCUACGUUCUUCAAGUGUUUCCCAGCCUAGGGACUUUCUAGCCAAGACAGACUGACCAUGCUAAUUUUUUAAGUUCAUGAUCAGCCUAGCCGCUCCAUUUUGGAGUUUCUGAAGUCGUUCACUUACACUUUUAUUAAGUGUAUCCCAUACUUCACAGCAAUAAUCGAAAUAAGGUUGGACUAAGGCAUUAUAAGCCAUAAUCAAAGUGCUUUGUUCAACCUAUUCCCUUAGCCCUCUAAUAGCCCCAAUACCAGAUGUAAUUUUACUGCUAAUAUGGUUAAUGUGUUUUUCCCAACUCAAAUUCUCGUCUAGUUGAACUCCAAGCACUUUGGUGUUAUUUACUUUUUUGAUCAGUUUGUUAUCAAUUUUAACUCCUUGUUGGGUAUCUACAUUAUUUGUUUUGUAACGUGAUCCAAUCAAGACAUACUCCGUUUUUGCUAUAUUUAAACUGAGUUUAUUUGCACAUAGCCAUUUCUGAACAUUCAUCAUGUCUAUACUCGCCCUCUCCUCCACCUCAUCUAUUGUUUCAACUCAGCGUUUAUCCUAGGAGUUGUGCGUUCAAAGCAGUUUGGCAAAUCAUUUAUAUAGAUGAUAAAUAAAAGAGGGCCAAGUAUACUUCCCUGAGGAAUGCCACAAAUGACUUCUCUCUCCUCUGAGAGCAUACUGGUUAAUUGCCAGCUUUGCAUGUGUUCGGUGCGUCAGACAAGAACGCAAAAGAUUUAACGCUUUUAUUUGAAAUCCAUACAUUUGAAACGUACUUAAUAGUAUUUUGUGAUUGACUGUAUCAAAUGCCUUUUUCAGGUCGAGAAAGACAACUAAGUUAUAAAGCCCGUGGUCCAUGUUGGCAUACCAUUCGUUCGUACAAUCCAACAAUGUAG